AUGGGGUCAUAUGCCCACAUCGCGGCGCAGUGUGGAACGAAGUGGGUACCGGCAAACAGCAAGGGGAAACAGCACAACGCACAGCAGCAACAGCAACAGCAAAAACAGCAAAGAACAACAGCAGCCGUGGACGAGGUUGGCGUUGAGCGAGAACAGUCUCUUGCUACACCGCCCCAACAACGGUUGUCAGGGAGUGAGGAAUGUCAGCCAAUCGGGAAGCUCUUUGUCCUCUUAAAAGUGAGGGAAGGUUGUUUUUCAAUCACUUCCUUCUCGGUGUUGAUAAUUACAUUGUCGAGUGGAAAGAUAAGCAAAAUGAUUUGUGCGCUCCUGGCCGCCGUCAUCACUACCGUUGCUUGUGAGCACUUCAUUAGGAAUGAUGGUAUGCCAAUCAUCUACGGUGGUAACAAUGAUACAAACAUGGCUCGCUCUCCCGGCCUUCUAGUAGUCUCUCCCGAUCCUCCACAAACUCAGCCUCUAAUACCUACAGUUUCGGCAAACUCUGCUAUACAGUUCGUAUCCCUUAGAGAUCAGCAAACAAACCAGCAACCUAGGUUUGUUGGCCCUAUUACACAUCGGGUAACUAACCAGCUGCCCCAUCAUGCAGCCCCUCUGGAACCUGCAACAAAUCAGUUUCCUCGGUUUGGAGAGACUCAAGGUCUAAGUAACCAACAGUUCACAGCACCUCGGGAACAGAUUACAAACUCGAUACAGUUUCCGGCACCACUGGUUAACUCUCAACCUUCUAAUACACAACAAAUAACCACCCACCAUUCUGGACUGAGCUUCAUACCAAGACCACAAGUCUUCCACGACUUGCGUCAGCCUACAUAUGUCUGCGAUCCCCUCGCCAAGCCGUUGGUUGACGAGGUUUACGAUGGAAAGGCUUACCACUUCUCAUGGUGUCACGAUGGCGGCCUAUCCUACACCUGGUUAACUGCUGUUUAUUACUGUGCAGGCCUUGGUAAUGGCUUUCAACCUGUCAGUUUAGAAAGUCGGCGAGAACAAGAUUUCAUUUCUACCAUUAUUAUUCAACAUUACAUCUCUGACGUAUGGACGAGCGGUAACACCAUAAGCUCUUCCUCUUGGACUUGGUUAUCUGGUGCAUCUUCAGCUUACACAAACUGGUCUCGUACUGGCAGGCGAGGCCUCCCUCAACCCGAUAACGACGAAGGUAACGAGCAGUGCCUGGCUUUGCUUAAUAACCACUACAACGACGGUGUUACAUGGCACGACUCAAACUGCAACAAUCAAAGACACGUUAUAUGCGAGGCAGCACAAUUCUAUGGUGUAUAAAAUAACCUUUUACUUCGGCUUGCUGUCAUAUUUUUUUGCUUUAUCAAGACUGAAAUAAAGCUUUCUUGUUUAA